AGCAUCUGAAAUUGCUUCCCUUCAAAGCUCUAUCUAUAUAAGGGGAAGAACAGAAAUUUGAAAGCACUCCAUUUACUUGGGAAUCUGUUGCAAUUUUCUUUCAUCUCUGCACUUAGUUCCAGGAAAUUGAUCCAUUUCUUUUUCUUUUGAUGAUCAUUUCAAAGGAUUUCAAUCAAAAGAUUUGAUCCUUCGCCAUUUUGCGAUGAACAUUUGAAGAACUUCGAUCAAACAACUUCUCCAAUUGCAGCAAUGAAAGGAUCAAAUCACACACUGCGGAACUCGGCGUUUCUUCAAAGAUCUUCGAUUUGGGUCAGUAGAAUGGAUAAGAAAUUCCAAUAUCAACAAUGACUUUCAAAGAACAAGACUCAAGAAAGAAGUCCUUCAUUAGAAAAAUAUUUGCCAUGGGAGAAAGAAAUGGGAAGAAAGAGUUCAAAGGUUCAUUUGAGUCCACUGAAAAGGGCUUAGAAUCGAUUUCGGAUCUAGAGCUAGACAGUGCGUUCUUAGGCAGCACGGACUCUCUAAUGAGUCGUGAUCAAGAAGAAAUUCAAUCCUUCCGUGUUUUUGUUGCAACAUGGAAUGUUGGAGGAAAAUCUCCCCAUACUAACCUCAAUCUGAACGAUUUUAUUAAGAACGACGACAGCGCUGAUAUUUACAUAUUCGGUUUUCAGGAAAUUGUGCCUCUAAAUGCUGGAAAUGUUCUCGUUAUUGAAGACAAUGAGCCUGCUGCAAGAUGGCUAUCCUUAAUUAACCAAUCAUUGAACAACCCAAUAAAUGGCUGCUCAAGAGGACCGAAACCUGCCACUGGUUUUAGCGGUUCUAAAUUCUUUCCAAAACCUUCUCUUAAAAGCAUCAGUAAAACUUUCAGGACUGUAAGUAGAAGGAAGCUAAAAAGUUGCAAUUGUACGCCACUGGAACUUGAAAGGAAACGCAGUAAGGAUUUCUGGUUUCGGUGCCAACCAUCACAUGUGAGUGAAGAUGGUAUUUCUUCAGAAGAAGAUGAAGAGGAGGAUCCAAGCGUCUUUGAUAUUUCAGAGAUUUCCAUUCCUGAAAGCGGUAACGAGAUGAAGUAUGGUCUCAUUGCAAGUAAACAAAUGGUUGGCAUUUUUGUCACAAUUUGGAUGAGGAAGGAGCUUGUUCCAUAUGUUAGCCACUUACGAAUUGCAAGUACCAGUCGUGGAAUCAUGGGAUGCCUCGGCAACAAGGGGUGCAUUUCAGUGAGCAUGUUAUUUCACCAGACAAGCUUUUGCUUCAUCUGCAGCCACUUAGCUUCAGGAGAGAAAGAAGGGGAUGAACUGAGGAGAAAUUUGGAUGUCAUAGAAAUCCUUAAGAACACUCAGUUUCCAAAAAUAUGCAGAACACCUUACGGUCGAAUGCCAGAGAAAAUCCUUGGACACAAACGAAUAAUAUGGUUAGGAGAUUUGAACUAUCGGAUAGCUUUGAGCUACUCGGAAACUCGAAGGCUUAUGGAAGCGAAUCACUGGGAUGAACUUCUUAACAAAGAUCAGCUAAAGAUCGAAAGGGAUGCAGGGCGAGUGUUCUAUGGAUGGAAAGAGGGAACAAUUUACUUCGCCCCCACGUAUAAAUACUACUACAACUCCGACACGUACGCCGGGGACUCGAAAAAAUCGAAAAAGAAGAGAAGAACUCCAGCUUGGUGUGACAGAAUUUUAUGGCACGGUGAUGGCAUACGACAACUUUAUUACAUUCGUGGGGAAUCCCAAUUCUCCGAUCACCGCCCCGUUUGUGCAACGUUCAUAGUCGACGUCACGGUCGUUGAAGGAGGGCCAAAGAAGAAAAUGCUUGAAUCCAACAUGAAAGUUGGAGCUGAAGAAAUACUAUCAACAAACAGUAGAUACUACUACCCCUAAAUGUCCUAAACGCUCAGUAGUUUAUUCUAACCAUUCAUCCCAAGAACACAAUGAUUCGUCGAAGUAUUUCCCGACAUCGAAACUAGUAGGACCGUGUAGAGAUCGUAACAAAACCAGUAAGUUGAGUUAUAUUAGUAGAUCUCUCUAUAACUUUCGUAAGUCUAUCAUCUUAUGAUGAUGAUGAUCAUCAUCAAAUCAUCAGCCAUGGAUGCAGACUGUUGCUUAUAGGUGCAUCACAUCAGAUUGUAUCCAAUUGGCAACCUGAAAAGGGGAAGAAUAGUUUAGGAAAAGGAAAGAUUGAUUUAUUUGAAUGUAGCUCUCAGUCAAACAUAGAGAGGAAAAGUGAUAGUUUUUUAAGCACUGUGCAGAUUGGUAGCAGUAGCAUUUUUGUCAAGGAGUAGAACAAAUUUCUUUUGCUAUUUUGAUCACGUGCAUGACCACGUGAUAGCAGGUGAACAAAUUAUUGUAUAAUUAGCAAGAACUCCUCUCUCAAGUCUUGAUUUUGCUUUGGAAAUUGGAAGUUCCUUAAGUCAAACAUAGAUCACAUGGCUCAGCUCACACCCACUAACCCUUUGGAUCUGUCUUGAAAACUGUGUUUGAUCUUUACAGACUAAUCCAGGCCAUUGAUUUUUUGAAAGGUUUUAGAUUAAUUGCACACCACACCCAUGUAGUUAUUUAUUUUGCAAAUCUACCCUUGUAGACCUUAAGUUUACAGCUUGAAGUCCUUGUAUUCUGUUCUUGUGUACUAUUGUCGUAUGAUAUUGAUUUGUAUAAUGGAGGUGGAGAGAUUUAAACUUUAAAGCCUUUUAAUCGAGUGAAUAUGUCUUAAACAGUUGAACUAUUGUCUUCUGUUCUAAUAUACUAUUGUUGUAUGAUAUUGAUUCAUAUAAUUGAGUUGGAGAGAUUUAAA